CAAUUCAUUAAGCUGAUCCCGCCCGCCAUUCUGAUUGAUCCAAGUCCGUCGUUUUAAGGAGAGCAGCUAGAGAGCUCGUCCGGCCUCUCUGCCCCCGCGCACUUCACGAGUGGUGCAGCCGUGUAAGCAGGAGCAGGCUUGUGCGUUGUGGUCGGAGAUGGGUUCGCUGGGGAAGGUGGCUUCGGCGUCGGCGGGGGAGAAGCUGGUGCUGGCCGUGAACGGCGCGAGGCACGAGGAGGCAGCCGGCGUGGCCCCGUCGAUGACGCUGCUCGAGUUCCUCCGCACGCGGACGCCCGUCAGGGGCCCCAAGCUCGGCUGCGGCGAAGGUGGAUGCGGCGCAUGCGUGGUCCUGAUCUCCAAGUACGACCCGGCCACCGACGAGGUGACCGAGUUCUCGGCGAGCUCCUGCCUGACGCUAGUCAACAGCGUGAACCUCUGCUCUGUGACCACCAGCGAGGGCAUCGGCAACACCCGGGAUGGCUACCACCCCGUCCAGCAGCGCCUCUCCGGCUUCCACGCCUCCCAGUGCGGCUUCUGCACCCCCGGCAUGUGCAUGUCCAUCUUCUCCGCGCUCGUCAAGGCCGACAAGCCCAAGCCCGGCACCGAGCCUGCUGCACCGCCGGGGUUCUCCAAGCUCACCUCGUGCGAGGCCGAGCACGCUGUCUCCGGCAACCUCUGCCGCUGCACUGGCUACCGGCCAAUUGUCGACGCCUGCAGGAGCUUCGCUGCCGAUGUUGACCUCGAGGACCUCGGCCUCAACACCUUCUGGAAGAAAAGCUGCGCCGACAUCGCCAAGCUCCCGGAGUACUCUGCCGGCUCUGUAUGCACGUUCCCGGAGUUCCUCAAGUCAGAGAUCAAGUCCCUGGUACCGCCGACGGUGAUCACCGGCGAUGAUGGUGGCUGGUACCACCCCAAGAGCAUCGGGGAGCUGCAUAGCCUCUUCGAUUCAGACUGGUUCGACGAAAACACUGUCAAGGUCGUGGCAUCGAACACCGGCUCCGGCGUGUACAAGGACCAAGACCUCCAUGACAAGUACAUCGACAUCAAAGGGAUCCCGGAGCUCUCGGUGAUCAACAGGAGCAGCAAGGGCGUGGAGCUCGGAGCCGCCGUGUCCAUUGCUAAAGCCAUCGAGGUGUUUUCCGAUGGAACUCCGGUGUUCAGCAAGAUUGCCGAUCACUUGAGCAAGGUGGCCUCGCCGUUUGUCCGGAACACGGCGACCAUCGGCGGGAACCUGGUCAUGGCGCAGCGCCUGGACUUUGCGUCAGACAUCGCCACCGUUCUCCUCGCCGCGGGCUCGACGGUCACCAUCCAGACGGCUUCCAAGAAGAUGUUGUGCCUGACGCUGGAGGAGUUCUUGGAGCAGCCUCCCUGUGAAGUCAAGACCAUACUGCUCAGCGUGUUUGUUCCUGACUGGGGUUCAGACAAUGUCAUCUUUGAGACCUCUCGAGCAUCUCCUCGACCAUUCGGCAAUGCCGUCUCCUAUGUAAAUUCUGCAUUCCUGGCAAGGACUUCAGGGGGUACAGCUUCAGGAGGGAUCCUUAUUGUUAUUGAGGACAUCUGCCUCGCAUUCGGCGCUUACGGUGUCGAUCAUGCAAUCCGGGCUCGAAAGGUUGAGGAAUUCCUGAAGGGGAAAUCGGUGAGCGCGCAGGUGAUACUUGAAGCAGUUCGGCUGCUGAAAGAUGUCAUCUCGCCGUCAGAAGGAACCACACACCCUGAGUAUAGAGUUAGCUUGGCUGUCAGUUUCUUGUUCAGUUUCCUGUCUUCACUUUCCAACGGCCUGGACAUGCCGGCAAAUUCUAUCGCUCCCAACGGGUCAUGUGGUAAUGGAGUCGUGAAUGGUAGCGUCCAAUCGUCACAGGAGAAGCGUCUUGAGGUUGCCAGCGAUUAUUUGCCGAUUCGCUCGAGGCAAGAAAUAGCUUUCAGUGGCGAAUACAAACCGGUCGGCAAGCCGCUCAUGAAAGCCGGGGUGGAGCUGCAAGCUUCUGGGGAGGCUGUGUAUGUUGAUGACAUCCCUGCUCCCAACGAUUGCCUCUAUGGAGCAUUUAUCUACAGCACACAUCCACAUGCUUAUAUAAAAGGUGUCAAUUUCAAACCAUCUUUGGCUUCACAAAAGGUCAUCACGGUCAUAACUGCAAAGGACAUUCCGAGCAAUGGAGAAAAUGUUGGAUCCAGCUUCCUGAUGUUCGGAGAAGAAGCGCUUUUUGCUGAUCCGAUUUCUGAAUUUGCCGGCCAAAACAUCGGCGUCGUGAUUGCUGAAACUCAAAAGUAUGCCUAUAUGGCGGCGAAGCAAGUCGUCAUUGAGUACAACACUGAAAAUCUUGAGCCGCCAAUUCUGACAAUAGAGGACGCCAUCCAACAUAACCGCUACUUCCACACUCCCCCAUUUUUUAUUCCUAACCAAGUUGGUGACUUCGACCAGGGGAUGUCUGAAGCUGAUCACAAGAUCUUAUCAGGAGAGGUGAAACUUGAAUCACAAUACUACUUCUACAUGGAGAUGCAGACCGCAUUGGCCAUCCCCGACGAAGACAACUGUAUCACUGUCUACUCGUCGACGCAGAUGCCCGAGGUUGCGCAGGCUGUCAUCGCCAAGUGCCUCGGCAUUCCACACCACAAUGUCCGCGUCAUUACAAGGCGUGUCGGAGGAGGCUUUGGUGGAAAGGCAACGAAAGGAUGCCAUGUUGCAUGUGCAGUUGCAGUCGCCGCGUUCAAGCUGCGGCGCCCUGUCCGGAUGUACCUGGACCGGAAGACGGACAUGAUCAUGGCGGGAGGGCGGCACCCGAUGAAGGCCAAGUACUCGGUUGGGUUCAAGUCGGACGGCACUCUUACGGCGCUGCGCCUGGACCUCGGGAUGAACGCCGGGAUCUCGCCGGACAUCAGCGCGAUGAUGACAAUGACCCUCAUUGGGGCCCUGAAGAAGUACAACUGGGGAGCCCUCUCCUUCGACGUCAAGGUGUGCAAGACCAACGUGUCCUCCAAGUCGGCGAUGCGUGCCCCGGGUGACGUGCAGGGCUCCUUUAUCGCCGAGACCAUAAUUGAGCACGUCGCCUCCACGCUCGGUGCCGACACAAACGCCGUCAGGAAGAAGAACCUCCACGACAUUGACAGCCUCAAGGUGUUCUACGGGGAAGCCGCUGGCGACGUCCCGACGUACACCCUCGUCGACAUCUUCGACAAGCUGGCCGCAUCGCCGGAGUACAAGCAGAGGGCGGCGGCAGUGGAGAGGUUCAAUGGUGGGAGCAGGUGGAAGAAGCGUGGGAUCUCGUGCGUGCCGAUCACGUACGAGGUGCGGCUCCGGGCGUCGCCCGGGAAGGUGUCGAUCCUGAACGACGGGUCCAUUGCCGUGGAGGUCGGGGGAAUUGAGAUCGGGCAGGGGCUGUGGACCAAGGUGAAGCAGAUGACUGCGUUCGGGCUCGGGACGCUCUGGCCCGAAGGAGAGGGAUUACUCGACAAGGUGCGCGUGAUCCAGGCCGACUCGCUGAGUCUGACCCAGGGUGGGUUCACCGGCGGGAGCACCACCUCUGAGAACAGCUGCGAGGCGGUGCGCCUGUCCUGCGCCGAGCUCGUGGAGCGGCUGAUGCCGAUCAAGCAGAGCCUCGAGGCCACGUCCGGCGUGCCGCCUUCAUGGACCGCCCUGAUUGCCCAGGCGACGAUGGCGAGCGUGAACUUGGCGGCGCAUGCCUACUGGAAACCUGACCCAGCUUUCGUGAGCUACCUGAACUACGGAGCAGGCGUCAGCGAGGUGGAGGUGGACGUGCUGACGGGGGCGACGACGAUCCUGAGGAGCGACCUGGUGUACGACUGCGGGCAGAGCCUGAACCCGGCGGUGGACCUUGGCCAGGUGGAGGGCGCCUUCGUGCAAGGCGUCGGCUUCUUCACCAACGAGGAGUACGCCACCAACGCGGACGGGAUGGUCAUCAACGACGGCACGUGGACGUACAAGAUCCCCACCGUCGACACCAUCCCCAAGCAGCUCAACGUCGAGCUCAUCAACAGCGCCCGCGACAAGAAGCGCGUCCUCUCCUCCAAAGCGUCCGGCGAGCCGCCGCUGCUGCUGGCGUCGUCCGUGCACUGCGCGAUGCGGGAGGCCAUCAGGGCGGCCAGGAAGGAGUUCGCGGUGGACUCGCCGCUCACGUUCCAGAUGAACGUGCCGGCGACCAUGGCCACCGUCAAGGAGCUCUGUGGGCUCGACGUCGUCGAGAGGCACCUCGAGAGCCUCUCCACCGCCCGCAAGGCAUGAUGAUAAGCAUGGCACGUAGCCACCUACGCGUGUACUGUACGUAAGGGAACGACGAUAUAUACUAGCCAAUGUGAGGUGAAUGCUGGCCAGUCUGCAGUGUGUACAAAAGUGAAGAGAUACAUGAUCAAGUUACAGACGUGUGUUGGUAUGAUGCCAAAAUUGAGUUGCUGCUUUAAAGAAAAUGAGUUGGUUGCAGGGGUGAAUACAUGAAGCUCUUGCUCAAGAGAGGAAAAGAGAAUCUGCAAGGUGAUGACAUAAGUUGUGUGUAAAACCAUGGAUUUUAACAAGAUUGUUGAUGCAGAAAAAUUCAUGGAGGUAAAGAAACGAGAUAUUGUACAUCAUAAUAUAAUUCAUAAUCUUGGGACAAUUGUCUUGUUGUCGAA